UAGAGGUAUAUAGCUAACUGAACACUAAUCGCUUCACUCCAUUCUGGAUUUCAUUGAAAAAGUAUGAUGUUCAACUCACAAAAGAUUGCUCAGAAUUCAAUAUUCUUCUCUGUCGUUAUUCUGUUUAUAAUAAAUCAAGUCUCAACCCUUGAAUGUUACGAUUGCUUUUCCGAAUUCGAUGAAGACUGCAUAGCAAAACCUGCGCAGCAAAAAUUUAUCGCGAAAUGUAACUUGAGAGACCCAGCUAAAGAUAAGAAAUUUCCGCCUCUGUUUUCUACCUUCUCUGACGGAUUAAAUCAAUUAGAUCUAAAUUUUAUCAAAUAUCAAUGUACAACAUAUUCGAUAACUAAUAUUACUAGUGCCAAAGUUUCUUUGGGUAGAGGAUGUAUUCCGAAACACAUCAACGAUGAGAGCUGGACGAUAAUGAGUUUGACGUAUGUUGGAUUCCAAUUAAAUGGCAUUAAUCGUUGCGACGAGUCACUAUGCAACGAAAAUGUCACUUUUAAUGUUCUUCGAUAAUUCGGUUGUACUUGAUGUAUUUUUAA